AUGAAAUUCACACCGGGCAUCGUGCUAGACGCUCCACAGUAUUAUAACAAUCAUAUCAAUGGAAUCUGCGACAGUGAAUUGACUGUAGUUCUGCGAGACUUGCAACUAGAGAGUGAUGACGAAGCUAUGCCUGGAGUCUUGGCAAAAUUACCCGAAGCUGUUGAAAUCUUGGAUCUGACCAACAACGAGCUUAGUGUUAUGCCAAAUCUGCGCGAUCGAGCAAGAAUACAUACCUUGCUACUUUCCAGAAAUCGAAUUUUGCGGGUUGAAGCCCGAUUCCUGCCAUGUCAUUUGCGCAGGCUGACGCUUGCCAGCAACGGAAUUGCAAACUUAGAGGACCUUCUCGGGCUGAAAAGCAGCCCUGCGACUCUAGAAAACCUUAACCUGCGGGGGAACAAUGUUUGUUACAUGGAAAACUACCGACUUUACGUACUUUCGAUGCUACCACAACUGAAGGUACUGGAUUUUACAAACGUUAGUAACGAGGAACGCCAUCAAGCUCAGAAGUUUGCUUCCCAACGAGCAAAUGUGACGCCAAAGAGUGUCGCUGUUAAGCCGCAGCCUAGAAACACGGACAAGGCCACGGAAGUCAUGAGCCUUGUGGUCGGCAAGAUGGAUGCGGAUGUCAGAGAGAAUCUCAAGCGGCAACUGGAAUCGGCCAAGACACUUGAAGAAAUGCAGAAAAUUGAAAAGCUGCUGUCAGGAGGCGUUUGA